CUGGCGACCGGACUUCCCAGGAAAGUUUUUAGCGUUUUCCGUCUUCGCUCAGUUGCUCUAAUUUUGACCUUAUUUUGCGGAGGAGCGGGACGUCGCACUACAUUCCUAAACGGCAGAUAUUUUCACGGCAGCCCAGGGUUGCGGAGCCCCCGGGAUAAAGCCAGCCGGUGUGCGGGGUCGGAGGCAGGCCACGGAUGACCAAGGGAUUGUUUAUGUAUCUUUUUGGAUCUCACGUAGCGAGUUAGAGUCGGUGCAUACUUUAUAAAUUGAUCACCAAUAAUGAGCGGACACCCGCCACCACGGCGGCAAGCUAAUGUCGGUUCGUUACUACUGACACCGCAGGAAAAUGAAUUCCUUUUCAACCACCUUGGCAGGAAAUGCAUCACGUUGUCUUCAGCAGUGGUCCAGGUGUUCACAGGAGAUAGGAACUCCAGCUGGAACAAGCGAUGCUGCGGCGUGGCCUGUCUGGUCAAAGACAACCCCCAGCGAUCCUACUUCAUCAGGGUCUUUGACGUCAGGGACGGGAAGAUGAUGUUUGAACAGGAGCUGUACAACAACUUCAGCAUACACCUCCCUAGACCAUACUUCAUGACAUUUGCUGGAGAUACAUGCCAAGUGGGUCUGAACUUUGCCAACGAGGAGGAGGCCAAACGUUUCCGAGGCCACGUGUCGGAACUAGUCGGGCGACGACAGAGGAAAACUGAGAAGAGACGCGACCCUCCAAAUGGACCUACUUUGCCAAUGGCCACUGUCGACAUCAAAAACCCAGAGAUCAACAGUGUUCAGCGUUUCCACAACAACUCUCAGGUGAACAACAUCGUGCACUCGUCCUUCCCCAAGAGGGAGAAGAAGAACAAAGGGGGGAAGAAGAAGAGGUUGACGAAGGCAGACAUCGGCACACCGAGCAACUUCCAACACAUUGGCCAUGUAGGAUGGGAUCCAAACACCGGCUUCGAUCUGAACAACUUGGACCCAGAGCUGAAGAACCUGUUUGAUAUGUGUGGCAUCUCCGAGGCCCAGCUGAAGGACAAGGAGACCUCGAAGGUCAUCUACGACUUCAUCGAGAAGAAGGGAGGCGUGGAGGCUGUUAAAAAUGAGCUACGGAGACAAGCUCCUCCACCUCCUCCAUCCAGAGGCGGUCCUCCUCCUCCACCCCCUCACCACACCUCAGCCCCUCCUCCCCCACCUCCUGCGCGGGGCCGAGGCGCCCCACCGCCUCCUCCCCCCUCCAGAGCUCCCGUCUCUGCGCCCCCGCCUCCCCCUCCAUCCCGACCGGGCAUGUCCGCCCCGCCGCCUCCCCCGCCCAGCCGAGGCUCUCUCCCGCCUCCCCCUCCACCGGCCCACGCCUCGAUUCCAGUGGCGCCUCCCCCGCCGCCUCCUCCCCCCUCAUCCUCAACUCCAUCCAGCGCCGGUGGGCCUCCUCCUCCCCCUCCUCCUCCACCGCCACCUCCCGGCCCACCUCCUCCUGCUCCUCCACCGUCCAUGGAGGCUAACGGAGGGGACAGCAGCCUGUCAUCGUCCGGGAACAAGUCGGCGCUGCUGAGUCAGAUCAGAGAAGGAACCCAGCUGAAGAAGGUGGAGCAGAAAGAGAGGCCGGUGUCCAGCACCGGCAGAGACGCACUUCUGGACCAAAUCCGACAAGGAAUCCAACUUAAAUCUAGAGAAGAUAACACAGACUCAACACCUUCCACCCCGGCCCCAUCGGCAGGCAUCGUCGGGGCCCUGAUGGAGGUGAUGCAGAAAAGGAGCAAGGCUAUUCACUCUUCAGAUGAGGACGAUGAUGACGAGGAUGAGGAGGACUUUGAGGAUGAUGAUGAAUGGGACGACUAACGAUUUUUCUCGACCCCCCUGGAUGAUCAUGACACUAAAAAUUGUUCUUGUCUUUCUAAAAAAAAAACAAAGAAAAAAAAAAGAAAUCUUUAAUUUCAAAAUUAUAAAUGUAAAUGUUCUAUCAAUUUGCUGUAUAUUUUUGUUGCCUUUAUGCUUUUUUUUUUAAUUAAUCUGUGCAAUACCUCAUUUAAUCUGUAAAUGUUUGUCAUUCUCACCUUAGGUUGUUGUUUCUCUAUCUUCGCCAUGUCUGUCUGGACUCUGUUGGCUACAUAUCUGUCUCUUAUAGCAAUAUGUCUAUAUGUCUCAUCUCUCAUUUUAACUUUUGGCUUCUUUUUUUUUUUUUUUUUUCUCCAUCGGUCUGUAUCUCUUUCUCCUCCACCCACGUCCCCAACUCUGUUCAUCACCUCCAUCUGCCACUCAGCCAUCUUUCAUAUCUGCUGCCACCCAUCACACAUGCUCCCUCCCAUGUUCCCCUGAUUAACGUGCAAUUUUAAAUCAACUUGUUUCUUGAAUCUUAGAUUUGAAUGUCUUUUUUUGUUGUUGUUUUUUUUGGUCAGUGAUUGAAGGGAGGGCUUACAGGACAACAAGACGAGUUGCCACAAUUUUUUUUUGAUUAAUCGUGUCGUCAUUGUUUGUUAGGAGGGGAAAAAAAAGAAGAAAAUUAACUAUUUUCAUACCCUAUUGCUCUGUAGUUUAUUUUUACGUAUUCAAAUGAUCCUAGUUUAGCACUCAUAUUUUCUUAAAGAAGAAAAGGCUCUUUUUUGGAAUAUUUAGCUUCAUUUGCUGUGGACUGUAAAUUUGCUCCAGAGUUUUGAGUCUUGUUAUAUUUUUGCACAGAUUGAAAAAAAGAGGAGACUCGCUGCAUGAAUACAGGACAUUUUCAGGUCCCAUCAUGAAACAUACAUUAUGCUUUAAGUAAUGACAUAGAAUACACUUGGACAUUAAGCAUUUUUAACCGUUAACACACCACACUACAUACCAUAACGGAGGCAGCCCACAGCGUCGUGGCUGCCUUUCUCUUGUGAAUUUUAGUUUUUUUUGUUUGGUCACACUACAGAUUCUGUUGAAUUUGUACUUUUUUUCUCUCUCUUCUCUCUCUCUCUCUCUCUCUCUCUCUUUUUUUUUUUUUUUUUACAUUAGCAAGCAGAGUAUUAAUAAAUGCCUGUUUGUUGGAAUCAGGUCAUUCAUCAUGUAAAGCUUGAGGAAUAAAGACAUUUUAGUUUUACACACCUGA